CGCAGCCCGAGCCGGGCCGGGGGCGGCGGCAGCACCGACGCCGGCGCCUCCGCAGCCUGGAGCCGCCGCCAGCCGGGUGGGGGGGGGUCAGCACCACCGCGGGGGGGCACGGCUCCUCCGCCCCGCACCCCCCGUAGGCGCGGCCCCACGCGUGUGCGUGUGCCUCCGCCCGCGCUGCUGCGGCGUCCCGGGCAGCUCACGGCGGGGACCGGGGACCCGGCCGGGGUCCGCGGGGCGGGCGGCGGCGGGGCCAGUCCUGCCGCUCCGGCUCCAGGGCCGCUCCGGCUCCCGGUCCCCCUCCUCCGGCCGCCGCCGGCUGCUGCCGCCCGGGCAGGGGCUGCUCGGUCCCGCCCGCGGCCCCCUCGCCCCUCCCGAGCCUUCUCCAGGAUGCACUGGCAGAACGUUGUGCAGGUCUGCUGGGAGUGACCCGUGGGUAGCACCAUCCUGGAGACACCGGCUCUGAGGGUGCCGGAGUAAUUGGGAGAAGUGGAGAGAGCUGUGCCUGGGCUGAACAGACCAUGGGAGCCAACACCUCCAGCAAGUCAGCACCCUUCGAUGAAAACGAAGAUGUCACCUUCGACCAUUUUGAGAUUUUGCGAGCUAUUGGGAAGGGCAGCUUCGGAAAAGUCUGCGUGGUGCAAAAGAACGACACCAAGAAGAUGUAUGCCAUGAAAUACAUGAAUAAACAGAAGUGCGUGGAGCGUAAUGAAGUGAGAAAUGUUUUCAAGGAGCUGCAGAUUAUGCAGGGCCUGGAACACCCUUUCCUGGUUAAUUUAUGGUACUCGUUCCAGGAUGAAGAAGAUAUGUUUAUGGUUGUAGACCUGCUGCUUGGAGGGGACCUGCGUUACCAUCUCCAACAAAACGUGCGGUUCCAAGAGGGCACCGUGAAACUCUUCAUCUGUGAGCUGGUGCUGGCCCUUGACUACCUGCAGAGCAGGCACAUCAUCCACAGAGACAUCAAGCCUGACAACAUUUUACUGGAUGAGCAUGGACAUGUGCACAUCACUGAUUUCAAUAUUGCCACGAUGCUGACUAAAGAAAUACAAGUCACCACCAUUGCUGGCACAAAGCCGUAUAUGGCACCUGAAAUGUUUAACUCUGCAAAACCCACCGGCUAUUCCUUUGCUGUGGACUGGUGGUCACUGGGAGUCACUGCCUACGAGCUGCUCAGGACCCGGAGGCCGUAUCAUAUCCGCUCCAGCACUUCCACAAAUGAAAUCGCUCACGUGUUCAGGACGGCCACAGUGAUGUACCCUGCUGCCUGGUCUGCGGACAUGGUAGCACUGAUCAAAAAGUUGCUUGAGGUGAACCCUGAGAGGCGUUUUUCUCAGCUGAAAGAUAUCCAGGACUUCCCGUAUCUGUCUGAUGUGAACUGGGAUGCUGUUCUCCAGAAAAGGAUCAUGCCAGGAUUCAUUCCCACGAAAGGCAGACUGAACUGUGACCCAACCUUUGAACUAGAAGAAAUGAUCCUAGAAUCCAAACCUCUUCACAAGAAAAAAAAGCGUUUGGCUAAGAAGGAGAAAGACACCAGCAAAAGCAAUUCCUCCCAGACCUGCCAUCUUCAAAAGCACCUGGAGAUGCUCCAGAGGGACUUCAUUGUUUUCAACAGAGAAAAGGUGAGAGACCACCGGAGCGACACCCAGGAAGCCAUAGCGCUGGUGAAAAGCAGAGGCGCCUACAAGGAGGACAACCAGAACAACCACCUCUGAUUGCGGCACAGCCCCUGCUGGCUGUCCUGGGGGCCAGUGCACACCCACCCACUCACCUUCAUGCUGCUGGGCCACCGAACUCACCUGCUGCUGCCGGGACAGUGCCGAUGGCCCAGGGCAGGUGGCCGGGUGGGAGCGGGGACACCCAUCCCUCUGCCUUCCAGCCCACGGCCGGCAGACCCUGGGUGUGCGGGAGGGGCUAUGGGUGCUGCCUCCGCCGUUCCCCGCAGUCAGUUGGACUCUGUUCCUAUUAUUUUGCCUUUCUUGGCGGCAGGAAUGUGACUGUGUGAUCGUGGAUGACAGUACUCACCCUUUGGCUCGGCUAGCCGGCAUCACAGCCCUGGCGCUGCCUGCGCGGCGGCUGCCAACGGCAUAACUGAAGGGCUGAGUGCGUGUUGUUCAGAGCGGUGUCACCGCUUGCCAUCAGUCCUGGUGAUGCUGUGAGUCCAAGCUCUGGGGAGGGUGGGACUCCCCAUGGGCUCACUGCUGGUUGCUCCAGCUGGAAGAAGCUUCUCUCAGCUGCAGGGUCACCACCAGUGCCCAGUGACAAAGGUGCCCUUUGCUUACAGAUGCCUCCUGUGAACACCCCGUGAGUGUGGGCACGGAGGGCUGGAAGUGGCAAUGAUUGAUCGAUCUCCUUCCUUUGCUGGGAGGAGGCAGCAGUGGUUUCCCCUCCCUUCCCCCACUCUCCAUGCUGGUUCCUGUUCCCAUUUCUCGCAGAGCAGGACUGGCGUGGUGGGUGGUCAGAGCAUGCAAGCAGAUGCAGAAAUAAAGAGGUAACAACCAGGCACUGGUAAAUAACCAGCAUCCAGUUGCUUUUCCACCUGAAAAAAACGUUGAUCAUCACAUUAAACUACUGCAGUUCACUGAAUCCAAUUGGAUUUGGCUUCCAACACCAGAGGUAAAUUUGAUUGUGCUUUUUUAAUCUCUCUAACACUGAAAUCAUUCUUGAUUUAAGCAGCUCUUGUAGUCCUGGUGCGGUCUUUGCCAGUGCUGAGAUUGGCCAAAGCAUUUCUAUUACAGUAAUGCUGGGAAUGAUGUCAUUAUUUAAAUGCUUUGGCAGACUGGAGCUUUCAUGUCCUUAUUUCACGUUUUUUCCUAUACUCAGCAAUAUAAUGAAUUUGUGAUGAACUAUUUGCCUCCCAUUUACCCAGAGGUGUUCCUUGUAUCCCCUGUGCCUUCCUGUCUUUCUCUGGCUAAAUCUGAUCAACUCGAAGAGCUGAAUGAAAGCAACAGCAAAUGAAAGGCUCAUGUGAGCCUUCCCAUGGAUUGCAUUGGAUGCCUGGGUCUCCCCUCCAUGGCGGUGGUGUCUCUUGGGGGAUGCAGUGGAGAAUCAGGAACAUUUCUGUGCUGCAGGAAGGCUAAGCAGGGCAGAGCAGUGUGGCCACAAUGGGUCUGUACAGGGUCCUGACCAAGCCCUCUCCCACCGACUCUGGGGAACAGAUGCUCUGGGCAGCCUGGUUUGUGUGGGUGAUGCUGGAGAGCCCCAGCUCUGUGCUGAGAGCUCUGGUGUUUGCCUCUGUGCCUCCACCCUGCCAGCUUCAACCCUUGUGGGACAGUUUCUGCACUGCCUUUGCAGAAACUUUUUUUGCAAUAAUUUCUAACAGAAAUGCGAGUGGCACCAAACACGGUUCUAGGUCCUGAUACCUUUGUUAACAGGAGGGUACAGGGGGGCUGCUGGCACAGCAGUGCAAGCACCUCCCUGGGUUCCAAGGGGACCUGUUCCGACUUGCCCUGUGCAUCCUCUUCCUGACAUGGUGCCAUGGCAGCAUGUACCACCACCUGUGUACAAUAAAGAUAAGCAGUCCCCAGUUUUAGAAGACUACAGCCGUUUCUUUGCUGCCAUCACAUGAAGACGCAGGGAAAGGGGAAGCCAGUUCUGAGGGAGGGCUGCAGGAACUGAGGGCUGCAGCACUCGCUAUGCAGCAUACCCCGCUUUCCUCUGCCCAGCUGGCAAGG